CUGCAUUUUAGGGGCAUUACACUUAUUUUUGUAACAGUGGGAAACAAAAAUUGUUUGGAAUUGUUCCCGUKCCGUCUGUGUGGUGAAUGAUCCCCUGUUACGUAACGAGUUCUUGAGAAAAACAACAUGGCGGUAAACAAGGUCUGACCGGUUUUGAACAAGAAGGUAGAACAAUUCUUAUCGGCUUAGAGAUGAAUUACUGUAUAGAACUGCCCAUUUGCUGUUUAAGCCAGUCGUCGAUCGUUCACGCGAUAGCGAGAAGAAUAUAUUUGGGGAACGUUUGCUGUUUUGGAACAAUCCUUCCAGCAUCUAGUUUUUUGCCCAAAAAAUGGCGGGACCAAAAAAACCCCGACUCUCUUUACAUCAAAUGGUAUUCUUCAGCGUCGGACAUGUUAUGAACGAUCUUUUCAAUACCAUCUAUGCGUCAUACUUGCUCACAUUUCAAACCAAAGUACUCGAUCUUCCAAGUACUAUCGUUGGACUAYUAUGGCUGAUUCCUACAGGAAUAGACGCUAUCCUUGCUCUCCUGAUCGGCCAUGUGUCUGAUAACGUUUCUGUUCCCUUCCUGUCACGGCACUACGGAAAGAGAAAGACUUGGCACCUAUUUGGCUGUACUUUAGUGGGGGUUUGCUCWCCGUUCCUGCUUAUGCCUUGCUUUCUAUGCGGUGAAGACACAGCCGGUUGGAAGAUUGUUCUGUACUAUGUACCUAUACUCGUCYUAGCGUAUGCUGGAUGGGGGCUGACGCAGUCAAACUUCCUUGCGYUGAUACCCGUGAUAGCGAAAAGACAAAGUGAAAUGGUGAAGCUAGGAGCAAUAAACUCCGCCAUCACGUUGACGUGCGGUAUGUUCGUAUACAUAGUCACGUGGGUCCUUCUUGGUUCUGAUAGCAGUCAAACAUUAUCGUUCUCUCAAUGGAAGAAAUUCAUGUAUCUUGUUGUUAUUGUGGUUGGGACUGGAGCAUUUUUCUCKUCUAUGUUUCACUUUGGUACUCGCGAGCCCAGUACAGACGCCAAGAACUUGAAGUCGCUAACCAAUAACAGYGAUUCCAUUUACGUCAACAAAUUUUCCAACGAAGCGAACUUUGACGAAACAAGUAGCCACGUUAUCGAUAAGAAGUCAGUUGCACCUGCGCACAACGUGUGUGACGUCAUUCAGGGAUGGAAUGACACAGCAAUAGUUAAUCCUUCAUUUGAAGAUGACGAGAAGAAACCUUCAAACCRAGGUAAAGAAGUGGCACAAUUAGAUGUUGAAACGCUUGAGGAAGUCCUUUGGGCGGCUUUGUCUGAAAAGAGUAAAGAGCAAAAUGACGAGGACGCAAGCAGCAUCGAGUCAAGCGGUUAUGGUGAUGAUUGGAACGCAGAAACGACAAGCGAAGAAGCGUCUGAUGUUGAGCUUCCAAUGCCUGAAACAUUCAUGGACAUGGUUCCCAAUGUAUCCGAGCUCAUGUUGCAUUCACAUCGUACCUCGGCUCGAACCAGUCCCUUUCCUAGUCCGCGGCUCUCUAGAGCUGCGUCGAGAAGGCACAUGACUGGGUCUUUGGUAAUGGACGGUCAUCAUAAUGAAAGCCUUUAUAACGUUAUGUUGAGAUCUAGACUUAAUUCAAGCUGUAGCCGUGUGAGCCCUCUUCCUACUCCAAGUUUAUGCCGAUCAACGUCACACAGAAUAAAUGCAUUAGAUACAAACUCAUUACACCAUCAUAAGACGUCAUUUCCAUGCGAAAAUAUCAAGACAACUCUUGCUCCUUCACCAUUGGUACAACCAAGAACAACUAUGGAUGUAAAGCAAGACAMCUACUAUGAUGAAUUCAAUGAAAUUAGUAUAAAAACAAGGCAUUCGCAACAGCAAUGUCCAUCUGUAAUAAACAAUACAAUCGAAAAGAAAGACGAUAUUAUCAUUAUCAAUGAUAGAACAAAAAAACAAACUGACAGCGUACAAAGUAAAUCCUCAUGGAGAACUUUAUUCAAAAAACCUGAGUUUUAUAAGCUCGGAGCGGCGUACAUGUUCACAAGAGUUUCCCAAAAUGUCACAACGUCAUAUUUACCGUUAUUUUUAACAGACCAUCUGAAAUUUGGAAAGGGUGCAUUCAUGAUUGCUUCGAUGAGUCUCCUGUGUAAGAUCGUUAUGGGAGUUUUGUUUUGUCUCCUUCAAGAAUUUUCACCCAUAGCAACAGGGUCUGAUUGUCCAGAAUGCAUUUCGUACAUUCGUCACGUGUUUUGCCUAACCCCUGGUGUAAGCGCCUUAUUUGGUCUGAUUUCUUUUAUUCUAUUCAUCCCAGCGACAAUCCAGUGUAAACCAAUAGGUGAGUUCCAUAAUCUUAACAUGUAG